AGGCGGGGGGGCGGGGGGCGGACCCGGUUCAGCCCCGCCCUGCGCCGGAGCCGUGCUGGAACCCCUGUGGAGCCCGCCUUCAACUCCAGCCAGAGCCAGCGUCAGCGGAGGCGGAACAGCUGACCCCGUGCCCCGGCGGCGGCACCGGAGCCCUGGCCGGUGAAGGCGAGGUCCCUGGACUUGUCAGAUACCCCCUUCAGCCCUGGCAGGAUCAAGAUGAGGCCUUAUUAUGCCCCCCCAAUGAGGCCUGCAGCCUGAGCAGAUAGCAUGGCCUGCCACUGGUAGUGAACACCAUGGCUGCAGGAAGUGGCCGGGCCUUUGCUUGGCAGGUGUUCCCCCCCAUGCCCACUUGCCGGGUGUAUGGCACAGUGGCAUACCAGGAUGGGCACCUGCUGGUGUUGGGGGGCUGUGGCCGGGCUGGACUGCCCCUGAACAUUGCUGAAACACUGGACAUGGCUUCACACACAUGGCUGGCACUGGCACCCCUUCCCACUGCCCGAGCUGGUGCAGCUGCUGUAGUUCUGGGCAAGCAGGUGCUAGUGGUGGGUGGUGUGGAUGAGGUCCAGAGACCAGUAGCUGCUGUGGAGGCCUUCCUGGCUGAUGAGGGCCGCUGGGAGCCUCGGGCCACUCUCCCUCAAGCAGCCAUGGGAGUUGCAACUGUGGAGAGAGACGGUAUGGUGUAUGCUCUGGGAGGAAUGGGCUCUGACACGGCCCCCCAGGCCCAGGUACGGGUGUAUGAGCCCCGUCAGGACUGCUGGCUUUCGCUACCCUCCAUGCCCACACCCUGCUAUGGGGCCUCCACCUUCCUGCAUGGAAACAAGAUCUACAUCCUGGGGGGCCGCCAGGGCAAGCUCCCAGUGACUGCUUUUGAAGCCUUUGAUCUGGAAGCCUGUACCUGGACCCGGCACGCAAGUCUGCCCAGCCGCCGGGCCUUUGCUGGCUGUGCUAUGGCCGAAGGCAGCAUCUUUAGCCUGGGUGGCCUGCAGCAGCCCGGGCCCCACAAUUUCUACUCCCGUCCACACUUUGUCAACACUGUAGAGAUGUUUGACCUGGAACAUGGGUCCUGGACCAAGUUGCCCCGCAGCCUGCGCAUGAGGGAUAAGAGAGCUGACUUUGCAGUUGGUUCCCUUGGGGGCCACAUCGUGGCCAUUGGGGGCCUUGGAAACCAGCCAUGCCCUCUGGGCUCGGUGGAGAGCUUCAGUCUUGCACGGCGGCGCUGGGAGGCACUGCCUGCUAUGCCCACGGCCCGCUGCUCCUGCUCUAGCCUACAGGCUGGGCCUCGGCUGUUUGUUAUUGGGGGUGUGGCUCAGGGCCCCAGUCAAGCUGUGGAGGCACUGUGUCUCUGUGAUGGGGUUUGAAGGCCUGGUGGGACUUGUCCACUGGAGCAGCUCAAUGCCAGAGGCAGAUGUCUGUGGUUCCUUUUGCUGCUGAGGGCACUCACUGUGGCUCUGUGGGAUGAGGGAGGCACGGGGUGGGCACUUGAAACACUACCUUGGGGACUUGGGCUGGGGGAGCCUUUAGCACAGGACACACAUGUCUCAUACCUACUUUACCACCAUUCAUUCAUGGACCAUGCCUAACUCCACCCUUGCCCUGGAACCUACUAGGCCCUCUGUCUAAAUGGGAAGUGGGGAGGGGGAGAGCUGGCCUUAUGCCCCACAGGGUCAGUGCCUAUCUGGAGUUGACCAGGCCCACUCCAGUGGCCAUUCCUGAAAAGUUCCAACUGCCAGCCUGCCUUGAGGGUCUCUGUAGACCCAGGAGAGUUGAGAAAGGGUGGGAGACACAGAGGGAAUAGAGGAGAGAAUAUGGGAAUGGCCAGAGGGCCAGAGGAAUGCUGGCUUUGGGCUCUCUAUACUGUUGUAUGACGUUGGGCAAGUCAUUUCACCUCUCUGUGCCUCAGCAUCCUCAUGUAUAAAUGGGGAUCUCUGAAACCUUCCUGCCCUACCUACCUCACAGGGCUGUUGUGAGGACCCAGGGAAUUUGGAUGUGGAAGUAAAAAUGCUGCUAAAAUCUGG